AUGCUCGAGCUCAUCAAAAUUGAACCCACUGGCUUGGGCCUCACCGUGCGCGAGACAGUGAAGGAGGCUCUCAGCUCGGAGCUGCACGCCGUCCUUGUCCCGGGCCUGCUCGACUACAUUCACCACACGUGCCAGGAUGUUUUUGAGGCGGAUCAACGUGAGAAUCGCAUCAGCAGCCAGGGUCUGGCGUACCUGGAACAGGUCAUUCCUACCGUUCGCAAGCUUCUCGACAUGGACACGUCCAAGCACCUGCAGUACUUGGCCCUGGCCGAGGUUGAGCCCCUGAUGGACGUUUUCAUGGACCAUCUCCGCCUUUCCACCGACAACCAGGACGCCAUCAAGGUCAAGACGUGGUUUUGCAAGCUGGUGUCGCGAGUCAUGGCUCUGCGUGACACCAUCAGCUUUCGACACGAGAUCAAAUUUCGCAAUCGCACCAUGGACAAACUGCUAGCGUUUGUGUCCACUGCGGAGACGACGCGGCCCACGGGCAGCGAGAUUGCCUCGGUCGAGCUGGAUGUCAGCUGCGUUAGCGCCAUGAGCGACCUACUCCUGGGCCUCCCUCUGCAGCCCGUGGAAGACGCACCCAAAGAUCGAGUCGCCGCCAAAAGCCGCCUCUUCCUCAAGUACUUCACGUUUCUCAUGAAUUUGACGAACCGUUGCAAUCGCUUGGAGUCUGAGGGAUCCGAGCGACCCGGCCGCACGCGGUUGCCUUCGCGUGUCUUGCGUUCCUUUGAUGGGCUCCGCGAGCAGACCACAUCGGCCAUGUCCCAUCUCUUGGCAGCCAACGUCGAAGUUGGCCUGGGCCAUGCCAUCGGCAUGGGCUAUCAUUUUGAUCCAGGGGUGCGCCUGGCCUUUACGGAAGUGCUCAAUCGCGUUCUUCAAUCGGGGGCUGAAUUCGACACUUUGGCAGAGAGCGUUCUGAGCGAUCGUUACGGCAAGCUGGUUGAUCUAUGCCUGGACCCCAGCCUGGCCAUUCCCAUUGCCCUGGCAUCUGUUGUGGAUACGGACGAGCUGGAUGAUCUCGCUGCCCUCUUGGUGGCUGUUUUUCAGAGCCGGCGCAGCCUGCUGAUGCUAUGUGGGGGCUUGGUGCGCCAGGAAGUGACCCGCUCGCAGAACGCAGGCACCCUUCUUCGCCGAAAUAGCUUAGCCACCAAAGUGGUGGCUCACGCGUUUCGAGUGCUGGACAACGGAUACCUAUACAACACACUGGGGCCCGUGCUGCAGGACCUCAUUGCGGAUGAACGCUGCUACGAGCUUGACCCCAACCGUACUCCACAGCAAACGCCCGAGGAGCUGAAUCAAAGCCGCCACAACGUCGAAGACCUCUGCACUGCUAUCCUUACUCGCCUACGUGAUAGCAUUGAAGAUAUGCCGACCUCGCUCCGUGGCAUCCUGAUGGUAGUGCGCGCUGCCGUGGCCAGCCAAUUUCCUGAAGCUGAGCUCGGCGCCGUGGGAGCAAUCGUCUUUUUGCGCUACAUUUCACCUGCGAUUGUGAGCCCUGUGCAACAGGGGCUGCUGCCCGACAGCACGCGGUUGCCGCUCAACGUGCUGCGCGCACUUUUGUUUGCAUCAAAGGUGCUGCAGAACAUUGCCAACGGCUUGCAGUUUGCCAGCGUCAAAGAGCCGCACAUGCAAGGCCUCAACCCCUUUGUCAACGGGGAGUUUGAUCCCAUGAACCGCUAUCUCAAUGCACUCUCCGCUCUAGAUGAAGCCACCGUGAGCAAUGAAGAUGCUGCAGAGGACCCCACGCUGGUUCUCAAGGAAUCAGACGUCUUGGCCUUACAUCGCGUCUUGCACUCGUACUCGGAGCGCCUUGGCCGGGACCCGGCGAGCCUGCAGUCGGCCGUGCGUGGUGGCAGUGGCUCGGUACUCGACCAAGUUAACACGCUGCUAGUACAGCUUGGGGACCCGCCAAAAUCCAAGAGCAACGAUCGCCGCUAUUCGUAUAGCGCGACUGUGGAUGAAAAUAAGAAACUUGAGGACUUUUUGGCGCGUCACAAGUUCCUCGCCACCCCGACAGACGAGAUUGAGGCUCGCAACCUCUUUUAUCGGCGCGGGACCACGGAGGAUCACCGCCCCGUGUUCUAUUACAUCGCGCGCCGCUAUAUGACGGGGGAACUGGAUGCGGAGCACAUUAUGUACCACGCACUGCUGACCCUAAAGCCCGUGAUCAGCGGGCCUUUUGAGCUGGUUGUGGACCUCACGCAGUUUAGCCGUGCCAAUGAGCCCAGUGGACCGGCCCUCGAGCAGUUUGCAGGACUCAUUCCGCCGUCGCUGACUCAAAACUUGCGUCGCGUGUAUGUGCUCAAUGCGCCGCGUGCUUUCUUGGGACUGGCCAAGCGGCUCAAUCGCUACGUGCUCGGUUCCAAGUUUCACAAGAAGGUGGCCUUUGUCAAUCUGCCAGAGCUGCAAGCCCAGAUUCCCAAGCUUCAGCUCCCAGCCUCGACGUUGCGACUACUGGAUGCGCCCGAGCAUUUCACCAACGUCAGCCUGCUAGGCACCAACAAGCGUGCCACUCCCGUGCAAGUGCGGGUCGGUGAGACUGGCCUGCAGAUUCAAUUCACUGAGCGCGUCAAGGUUCUGCACCAGAUGGCACAGCUGACCGAUGUACAUGCGACGGAGGAUAUUAGCGAGCUCGUUCUUCCCGCAGCCGACGACGGUCCCAUGACGAUUGAAUAUGCUCGUGGUGCCGAUGUGCUCAGCCUUGUGGCAGCCGUCCCCGUCAUGGAGCGCUUGAGUAAGGCCGUGGCCGAGGUGCUGCGCCGGCACAAGCUCUCCAAGCCUGAAAUCAGCUCAGAGUGGAAGGUCAUGCGGCCGUCUGCCGUGCCCGGCACGCUUCUCAACAUGGCCCUCCUCAACCUGGGCUCAGCACAACCCAAGCUUCGAUUGGCCGCCUAUAAUCUCUUGGCAGCGGUUACCACAACCUUUGACUUUAACAUCAACAAUCAAUUGCUCGAGGCGCUCGGUCUGGCCAUUCCCGAAAAUAAUUCUAGCUUUAUCAUCAGCGUGUCGGAGCGCCUGGCUGGCCAAGAGCCCAAGCUCACAAGCGAGUUUUUGGACGAGUGCCUCGCGGGCCUCAGCACCUCCACC